UUUUUCUUUGUUCCUUUGAUUUUCACUUUUGUAAUCUCUUCUUUCUUUCUUUCUUUCUUUCUUUGGUCAUUUGUUCUUGUCUCCUUUUUUUUCUUUGUUUUUUUUUAAACUUCUUGUUGUGAUUUUAUAUAUGUUCUAUCCCUACUCCAGUCUUUCUUUCUUUCUCUUUCUUUUUUCAUCUGUUUAUCUCUCUCUCAUACAAACACAUAUGUUCAUUUGUUCUUUCUUUACUUUUGUUUUUAUAUUCUUUUUAUAUUCUUUGCUUUUCUUUCUUUCUUUUCCUUCCUUCCUUCCUUCCUUCCUUCACACCCACCAGAAUCUCUCUCUCUCUCUCUCUCACUCACUCUCUCAUACACACUUUACUCUCAUUCUCUCUCCUCUUUUCUUAACUGUGUGGGUGGCCAAGGUCGUCUGUGUGAAAUGAAUGUGAUUUUUGAUUAAAGAGCUCUGCGCAGUUGGAUAUUGGUGACGUGGCCACAUAAAAAAACUUUUUACUUCACAGUUACCAGGCGGCACACAUCAGCAGUUCAGUGGCAGCCAUCAGCAGACAAAGUGAACAUGCCUCUAAUGAGAGAGUCGCACAAGAAGGUAGACGACAUCCACGCUGUAUAUGAGCUGAAGGAGAAACUGGGAGAAGGCUCAUUCUCUGAGGUGAGAGUGGCUCAACACCGCCGCACGCACAAGCUUGUAGCGGUCAAGUGCAUCCGCAAAAAGGCCCUGAAGGGUAAAGAGUCCAUGCUGGAGAAUGAGAUCACUGUAUUACGCCGAGUCAAGCAUGAAAAUAUCAUUUCUCUAGAGGAGACGUUUGAGACGCCUACAAAACUGUAUUUGGUAAUGACACUGGUGACUGGAGGUGAGCUGCUGGACCGAAUUCUGGAGCGAGGCAGCUACACGGAGAAGGAUGCCAGCCACGUCAUCCUGCAAGUCCUGGAAGCCGUCAAGUACCUCCAUCAGCUGGACAUUGUGCACAGGGACCUAAAACCAGAGAACCUGCUAUAUGAAACUCCGUUACAAGAUUCCAAGAUUGUCCUUAGCGACUUUGGGCUGUCUAAAAUAGCAGAGCAGGGCGUCUUGUCCACUGCUUGUGGAACCCCUGCUUAUGUAGCUCCUGAGCUUCUACAAGAGAAGACAUAUGGUAAAGAAGUAGACUUGUGGGCAAUGGGAGUGAUUUCAUUUAUUAUGCUGUGUGGUUAUCCUCCUUUCUACGAUGAUAAUGACACUGAACUCUACAAACAGAUCAUAAAGGCAGAGUUUGAGUUCGACUCACCGUAUUGGGAUGACAUCUCACAUUCAGCCAAAGACUUCAUCAUCCACUUACUGCAGAAAAAUCCGAAGAGGAGGUUCAAUUGUGAGCAGGCCUUGCAGCAUCCUUGGAUUUCAGGUGGCGCAGCUCUGGAAAAAAACAUACAUGGCUCUGUCUCCGAGCAAAUCCAGAAGAACUUUGCAAAGAGCCAAUGGAAGAGAGCGUUUAAUGCCACCAUGGUGGUGCAUCACCUCAGGAAGAAGGCCCACGUGAGUGAGGAGGAAGAACGAGACACAUCCACAGGAACAGAGACCUCAUGAAAUCCAACUGGCAGAGGACCAGACGUCUACAUACGCAUAUGUCUGAGUGAGCAUUUGUCAAAGCAGACCCUGCGCUCUGAACUGCUGAUGUCGGCUCUAUGUGCUGCUUUGCCUAGUACGAACCAGCGUGACUUGUACGGGUGCCAGAUGGAAGUACAUUAGAGCCUCUUUCGAGCCUAGUCGUCACUGCUACACAAUCACUGUAAGGGAAUCGUUAGAAAACCACAGGUACGCUUAAUGCCAUGUUGUGAAACGUUAUGUAUAAAAAGCAUGCUGCUACUUGUGUUACUGUACAUUAUUAGUGAGGUAAUGUUGCUAGCUGUGGCUAAAUUGGUAGAUAUUACAUCUGUUCCAUGCACCUGAGGGUAAAUAUGAUGAAAGAACAUUGCAUAUUAAAUAAUAUAUUACACUUUAUUUGAAGGGUCGGGGCCUUCAGAACACAUUCAUAAGCCUUGCAUAAAACUUUUAUAAAGCAGUGCUGGAGGAUUUAUGAAAGGCUCACGUCAUGAGGUGAAUCUUCAUGAUUGUUGCUGCACAAUUUUUAAUCUUGUAUCCUAAUCCUGAUCUUGCUAGUUUGUUUUUAUGGACAGCACAUUACUGAAGCUUUGAGACAACAUCUGCUAAGUUUCCUUUUCAUUCCCAUUACUUUAGCCCACAUAUGAGCUUUUAAGGAAAAAAAAAAAGUUGUAUUGGUGCUUAUGGUGCUUCAUAAUAGUUUUAAAUGAACCACCUUUACAGUUUAUUAACCACAGACAUAACAUAGCCUGGGACCACUUUUUGAGAUUUGUCCCUAAGUUUUGAAAUUAUAGUCCAUUUAAUUCUUUUAUGCAAUGGCUAGUGGCAGAAAAUAAAACAAACUCUAAAUUAACAAAUAACCUUGCUUUAACCUUACCAAAUGGCUCAUAUAUUUGAGGAGGCACUCAAAGAGACGACUCGUUUGUGAAUAGCACAUCACUAGUUUCUACCAGGUUUCCUUUCCUGCAUAUUAAAAAAAAUAUAUUUAUAUGGGAAAAGAAAUUGAGCUUCAGUUGGUACGUCAGUUUAAUCAACCAGCAGGAUUGCACUUUCUUUUUUAUCCUAUCAAGUUUAAUGAAGAAAGUAUGUAGGUGAUGUAAACCAUAUCAAUUGAUUUUUUUUCCUUCUCAUUUUAAAUUAGUUUAACCUUUUCUCCUAUCGCCACUCCUGUCUCCAGCACUUGCUCCUGUUUCAGUAGUAUUAAAUUCCAUGCUCCUACAUACAGCAGAUGCAGAACAUACACUUCCAAGAUCAUAUGAUAGCAGGUUGAUACUAUAUAAAAUAUGUCUCAAAGGUUCAUCAGUGUACCUUGGUAAAAGUCAAACUGAUAAUCUGAAAGACAAGGAUAAAAAAAUAGACCAUAACAAUAACUGACAUUUUUUACUCUUCUCUAGUUUUUACUCUUCUCUCCAUGACAUAAGAAGUUGAAUGUCACCUCAUAGGUUUUGACAUGAAGCAUCUAGCAUUGUUCUAUAAAUGAUUUCUGCAAUAAUUAUGAAUGUGUUAGGAAGGCCAAAUGUAGGCAUCCUUUAAAUAAUUCGUUACAUCAUAACACAACAUGUAUUGGUACAAACUUACAUUCGGUUUCUUUAACUAAAAGCAAUACUCAAAAUUAACAAAACUUUAACCAUAGAAUUAACAGUCCAUGUUUGUGGUGGUUAAUUGAGGCUGAAUGGGUUUACUGUACAUCCAGAAACAGUUUGAUUAAUUUAGUCGGAUAUCAAAUCUAUAUUUUAGGAUUCAGUUAAUUUAUGCUAAUUUACUGUGCAUGUACUUAUAUUUAUUAUUGGA